UGUUGUUCCUUUUUUCUUCCCCCACCCAAAUAAAGCAUUUUUAUUUUUUUUUUUAGCUUUGAGGAAGGCAUUUGCUUCCAGCCCAGAGAUCCAGCAGAUGGCCCAGGAGGACUUCAUCAUGCUUAAUCUGGUGCAUUCCAGCAGCGAUGACAACAUGGCACCUGAUGGCCAUUAUGUCCCUAGGAUCCUCUUUGUGGACCCUUCUAUGAUGGUUCGAGCUGAUCUAACCGGCAAAUACGGGAACAGGAUGUACACUUACGAACCAGAAGAUAUUUCGACCUUGAUUGAAAACAUGAGACAAGCAAAGUUGCUUCUGCACACAGAGCUCUGACCAAGGGGCACCACUGACCUGCACACACAGACUGGAGACAGCAGCCCUGGGAGCACUGAGGAACACAGCAAAGCAUACAUGAGCCGUCCUUGUGCCUUCCCUUGGAGAUGUUUUACAGAGAAGCCACAUUCACAAGAACUCCGUGCAUCCCACAUCCAAUAGAUGCACGGAAUGAAUCAUUACCCAUUUAUUCUUAAGAAAUGGUUUACCUCAAUUGCUUUAAGUUUAUUUUUAAUAGAAAAUUUUGUCUACAAAUACUUUACCCCAAUUAUAAGUUUGAAGAGUAUACUUACUGACAUUAUAAAUGCAUUUUCCAGGUUUGCCCUGUGAGUAACUAGCUUACUUGUACUGGUAGAAAUUGUGCUGUGGAAAAACGACUGCUCUUUUCUAAGCCACAAGUCUUUUAGUUUGGGGUUAUUUUCUCAUUUCCACAAAGAAACAGGUUCACUUUGUGCCAUUUGAUCAUGAGCUAUAUCAGAACAUAAACCAGAUAUGGCUAUCAUAUCCCGAUUUUACCUUUUUGACAUCUACAUUUUUUUGUUUUGCUUUUCUCAUACAGAAACCUAUAUUAUAUAUACCUUCACUGAUUUUAAAUGUGCAUAGUAAGAAACAAGCAUAAAACUACAUUGAGACACAGAUUUUAUAUUUUUAUCACUUUGAAUUGCCAUGCUCAUUACUGUAUAUUUCAGAAAAUGGUUUUAUUAUUAUGUUAAAGCUUUCGCUGUAUAAUUUGAAAAAUAAAGAAUCAGACUAUUUGCUUUCCAAAUUUCCUUUCCUUUUUCACAUUACAUGUAUAGCCAAUAAAAAAGUGACACUGUAGAAUUGAAUGAAUCCCUGUUAUUAGAAUUACAUCAUUAACAAAGUUCACUGAGCAAACUAGGUCUAAGAAAUAAUAACCAGGAAUUCAUAAGUCAUAAGUAAAUUCUGAAUGGGGAAUCUUUAAUGGUCCUAUACACCAUCCUCAGUCAGGAUUCACUCCAUGCAUACCUUAUAGCUAACAGCUGUAAUGUUUCUGCAGAAACAUUACCAAGCUUAUUAGCAUUACACAUUUGUUAAGAAACCUAAACAGGCAUCAAUUUAGCAAACCAUGGUGGCUGUACCUAGUUAAAAUGCAAAAAAAAAAUCACAUCCUGUCCCUGCCAUGAGCGUCCAAUGGGAGCAAAAUAAACCAUGCUAUUAAAAAUCCUUCCCUUUAAGAGCCAAAGGAAAGGUGGGCAGGAGAAGAGUUAGGCCUGUGUUUUUAACGCCCAAAGGAGUUUAAUUCACAGAAGUCACCCAGGAGCUGUUUUACACCCAAAAUGUGGAUCUGGCCAGCAACGGUUAACCAGCGGUAAGAGGAGACAUGUAGAGCAGCGCAGUUACAGAGUGCUCAUCGUCUGCCAUGUACAACACAGAUCGCAUGCACUCAGCAGCGAUCAGCACUUUCCUGGGACCACUAGGAAAAAUGUGACUGCAGAGGAGUUUGAAGGCAGGACCUGUCUUGGUGGUGGUCACUGGGGAAGAUCCUAGUGGAUCUGCAUGAAUGAUGCUGCCAGCACGGAAAGGGAGAAUGCUCCUCAGAGCCCUGUGAGCAAUAAAUGCCCAGGGCUUGGGGCUAUAGCAGAAUAAAUGCACACAGGAAACUAAAAUUGGUUAAUUGGUGGAACAAAAAAUAGUUACUGAACUCCAGCAGAACUUACCACUCAUGAAGCAGGUGUGAUGGCCAACAGCCAGGUGUUUAUUGGUGGUGGUGGGCUUUUUUUUUUUGUUUGGUUGGCUUUGAAGUGUUUCUCCCUGGCAAAUAGAAAGGAAAUUUUAGCAGAAGCAGGUGUUUAAGCCCCACUGAUCACCAUAUGAAUACAAACAUUGGAAUAAAAACUCAUUUGAGGUCCAGUUAAAGUCUAUAGGAAAGCUUUGUAAUGCAAGGAUUCCGAGAUUUGUUAACCAAGAAGCUGCAUCUCUCUUAGCAAGAGACCUCCAAUCCAGCAAGAAGACUGAUGCCCUUAGAAGCCACAAACAGGCUUCGAAGAAACAGAAGCAGUGGUACUUGAAAACUGAAUUCAACAAAACAAAGCUGAUGCAGCUUCAUGCAGCUUCACUUACCUGGCUGUAACACAUCUUCCCAGGGAUCUUUGUGAUUACUGUGUCUUCUGCAUGUCUGCAUACAGUGCUGUGCUACCAAUUCACUCCUGACCAAGCGUCAGUCAGUCAAAAAAUAAUAAUUUAGUUGUUAGCUUUCUAGAUACUGGCUCCAGGGCUGGGAGCUCCCUCGUUUUGGUUUCUCUAAGCUUGCUUGCAAACUCAGCUUGAUACUAUUACUCAUCUUGUAGAGAGGCCUUGGAUAUGGCAAGGGCUGAAGAUGGAAUUUGCCUGUAAUUAAAAAGAAGUGCUGGUAAAAUCCCCAAACUCCAACUAACCACACUAGAGGGCACUCCCAGCACCCCUUGCUGGGAUUUUUUUUUUUAUUAGUUUGCUUUGCUGGGCAAACAGCAAAACCAGCCAGCAAGUCCCAGAAUUGAGCAGCUUCCUCCAACUACAGCCUCCCUUGGCCAUCACUCACCUGUCCCAGCUACACACCCCCGUGCUACCCUUUGUCUUCCUUGUACCUGUAAUACCCUUCACAACUCCAUGGCUCUGUUCAGCAGCUUCUGAGGGAGAAUUAAAGAGAAUGAGAUGGCUUUUUAAACUGUCCACUUCAUCCUGUUCUGUAAUUACUUCAGCACACUGGAGUGGAGUGAGUUCUGAGAAAAAGGGAAAAAAAGAAAAGCGUUCCCAUAAUAAGAUCCCUCAAGUUGAGUACAUUCUUUUACAAGGAUUUUACCAGGAACAGCUACCCAAGACAACUAUUCUUCAGCAAUACGUUUCUUACUCUGUGCAGAUCCACUGUCCUCUGGAUGAUUUAUGCUACUUCUCUUUAAAAAUAGAUCAGAUUAAUACAUCUGUGCACACACAUUGUUCCAACUCCUAGUUAGUGUAAGCUCUGAAACAUACUUUCUGAAAAAGGAGGAAACGUAAACUAAAACCACCAACUUGCACCAAAAUCCUAAUCCCGCAGCUGAACACAGGGCUUUUCACACUGCAGCCCCAGCUGGGUUGGGGAAACUUCUUGCACAGUGAUCAGAAUGCAGGCUUCCAAAGAAAUUUUAAAAUUUAAGCUUAAUGAAUGUUGUGCCCUGUCCAGUGUUAGGAAAAUAAUUCAUGCCACUCCCAAACAUAUCAGUGAAACAUAUAUAGACAAAUCAAAUAGACAUCUAUAAAUCACUCUUUAUUUUGUGAAGAACACUUGAAAAAUAAAGACAAAAGCUUUUCCAGGCUUUGGAAUAUAACCAUCGCAAAGUGUGGAAUCACAAAGACUCCAUUUUAAAAAGGUAUUCCCUCUCCCCACCCUGCUUUUAAUGAACUCUCAUUGUGGAACGAUCCACAAUAUAGCUUUAACAAAAAAAAAAGCAUUUUGAGCCAACAUUAGAAAUAAUUCAAUACUGGCUCAGUGCAGAAGCUGCUACAUUACACUUCAAAGGCACAUACUAGAAUCCCCCCCCGUUAAUCCUUGUAAUUCAUAUUUAAAUUUCUCCAAACCUCACAUUUUCAGGAAGAGACUAGAGUUAUUAAGAAGUAGUUGGCAAGGUUAAGCCCAAUACAGCUGUCCAGCAUGGAACUGUAGGAAAUAAAGUGACAGCACAGUAAGUGUAAUGCAAUGGAACGACUUGCAA